AAAAAUAUAGGUAUAAAAUCAAUUGAUUUACUUUUUAUUUAACAUGAGAAGUUGAUGUGCAAUAGUCUUUAAUAGACAAACAAAAAUAGAAUAGAGAUCGGAGAGGAAGAAAGAUGGCACCGACAACAGCAACAGCAGAAACAGAAUCGCCAAAGAUUGUGUGGAACGAAAACCAACGCAGGUUUGAAACGGAGGACAAGAAGGCUUACAUUGAGUACGUGCUCAGAAACAAUGGGAAAGUGAUGGAUUUAGUGCACACCUAUGUCCCCCGUUCAAAGAGAGGCUUGGGUAUGGCUUCUCACCUUUGUGUUGCUGCUCUUAAUCACGCCAAGUCCUACUCCAUGUCGAUCAUCCCCACCUGCUCCUACGUUUCUGACACAUUUCUUCCGCGGAACCCGUCCUGGAAUUCUGCUGUGUAUUCAGAAUAUCUCAAAUCAAAUAUAUAAGCGACUUCUACUGAAAUGUUCCUGUAAAAUUAUCUUAUCUCAGCUUCUUUUUAUGAUUUAGGGACCCAUCAACGGAAGAUUUAGAGACGGUUAGAAAUUGAAGGUAGUAAAUGCUACUUUUAAAUACUAUUUUAAAAAAAAUGAUUUUGCUAUUUUAGAA